AGUGCAAAUCGUCUGUGCUUCUCCUCGUAUUGCCUCGUUUGCGACUAAAUCGAUGAUCUCUCAUCAUUCUUCUACAUAUAGACUAUGUUACAGGGUGGACAUGAUUCAUUUCACCCGCCUCAUCCUUUUUCGGGUUACGUUGCAAAAUAGGCUGGAGACUAGCUAAGUCAACUCACAGGAGGCUUAGCUAGUUAGUGUCCCUGUCGGUCUAAUGCGGUGAAUCAAUUGUGGCUUGCACUUAUCCCCGGCUUUCUUUCGACCUUCAUUAGCUAUUCUUCUUUCUCCCCCUCCACACACACACACACCCUCUCUCUCUCUCUUCUCCCCGAACUCUGCUCUUUGACCAGCAUCUGUCAAACCGGUUAUUUUCUUAAUCUUGGUUCACUUCCGAAAACUCAAAUAGACGAAUUGUUUUCGGGAUUGUUCCAGGGUUUGUCUGAUCCUUGCACAAGGACACUUCUAACUCAUCUGCCAAAAUGUCAUCCCCAAAGGCAUUCGACAAUGGGGAGGGCUCUUCGUCUUUACGGCCCCGUUCAUCGUCGCCAAUUUCUACCUCUGCAAUGCGGUCUAGAUCUCCUGCAACCGACGCCUCGGUGAGGCAUGCCUCGAUCGCCCGCCUGGCGUCCCCGAUUCCCUCUCCCUCCAAUCAUUCUUACUCAUCCCGACAGGUGCCCGUGCCCGUGCAGUCGGCAAGUGGCACCGUCGAUGAUUAUCGCAAAGUCGACCAUCCCUCCUCCAUACCAGGCCCGGGCCAUUCAAUGAUCUCCUCUGCUCUCCAGGAGUAUAUGGGUAAAUCGCCGCCAGCGAGAGUAGGAACUCCGCCCAGACAGACCGCGUCUCCUGCUCUACUAAACCAACCCAUUCGAUCGAACUACGGAUCCUUUGACGGACGAGAGGGCUCGGAGUAUUCAGCGGGUCCUUACGAAGAUCCGGAAGUUGUCAAGCGGCAUCUGGUACAACCUCAAAAUGGAGAAGGCCGAGAUUACUAUUUCUCGGGCGAUGCCGCCAGUAACGCGGACGACGAGUUCUCCAGCUUGCAGCUCCAGGGUGGUGACAUAACCAGGCAGGUUUACAGAUGGGCGGAAGAUGCAGAAGCUGGUAAUUCCCUGCGUAAACCGCAACGGAGUAGGAGUUUCAGCCAUAACCGGCCUCUGCCCCAAGACGAAACCAUGAACAUCAACAGCAUUCGUGUGCCGGGAGGGUUCCGCAGGGACUAUCUGCGAAGAGCUGUAGGCCCUGGGGACUCUGAAGACUCAGGUUUGCAGGUGCCCGUCAGCCAACCUCAGUUUCCGACAAGCAGCUUUCUUGAGUUCUUGACCCUGUAUGGUCACUUUGCGGGUGAAGAGCUAGAAGAGGAUGAUGAGGUGCUGGGUCCUGACGAGUACUUCUCGUCCGAUACCUAUGACGAAGUUGAGGGUAGAGAACCAGGUGAAGACUCGGCUUUGCUUCGCCCGGAUACGGCUGGUAGAAGAAAGCGCAAGCCGCGCGGUGGCACUGGAAACAACACGGUGACAGGAGCGGCUCUUCUACUACUUAAGUCCUUUGUGGGAACGGGAGUUCUAUUCCUUCCAAGGGCUUUCUUGAAUGGAGGGAUGCUGUUCAGUAGCAUGGUUCUGCUUGCAGUGUCGCUUCUCAGUUUCUACUGCUUCAUACUCCUGGUCAACACCCGGUUGAAGGUUGAUGGCUCGUUUGGUGAUAUUGGCGGCCAUCUCUACGGCAAACACAUGCGGCGCAUUAUCCUGGGCUCGAUUGUUCUGAGCCAGCUAGGCUUCGUGUCGGCGUACAUCGUGUUUACCGCGGAGAACCUACAAGCCUUCGUCCUCGCCGUGAGCAACUGCAAGUCUUUCAUUGACAUCAAAUUCAUGGUGUUGUUGCAGCUAGUCAUCUUCCUUCCUCUUUCGUUGAUCCGCGAUAUCAGCAAACUUGGUUUUACCGCACUGGUCGCUGAUCUCUUUAUUCUGCUUGGUCUGAUUUAUCUCUUCUACUAUGAUUUUCUUACCAUCUCGAACCAGGGUGGUAUCUCCGACAUCAUCUCUUUUAACCCGUCCACGUGGACUCUAUUCAUCGGAACAGCUAUCUUCACGUACGAAGGAAUUGGCUUGAUCAUCCCCAUCCAAGAAUCUAUGAAGGAACCUCACCGCUUCCCCGGUGUUCUGGCUGGCGUCAUGGUCAUUAUCACGAUUGUGUUCCUUUCCGCUGGCGCCGUCAGCUAUGCAGCCUACGGUUCGGCGACCAAGACUGUUGUCAUCCUGAACCUUCCCCAGGAUGACAAAUUCGUGAACGCGGUGCAGUUCCUCUACUCUCUAGCCAUCCUUCUCAGCACCCCGCUGCAGCUCUUCCCUGCCAUUCGUAUCAUGGAGAACGAGCUGUUCACACGUAGUGGAAAGUAUAACCCCUGGAUCAAGUGGAAGAAGAACUGUUUCCGAUUCUUCCUCGUCAUGAUUUGCGCAUUCGUCGCCUGGGGCGGCGCCGAAGAUCUCGACAAGUUUGUGUCGCUCGUUGGCAGUUUCGCCUGUGUUCCAUUGAUCUAUGUAUAUCCGCCUCUACUUCACCUCAAAGCCUGCGCUCAGUCUCGCAGACAGCAGAUUGCCGACAUAGCUCUGGCCAUCUUCGGUGUCCUCAGCUGUCUGUACACAACAUCGCUGACGCUGAGCAACUGGAUCAAUGGCGGUGACGUCAAGCCUCCGGGAUACUGCGACUCCUGAUCUGUAUAGAUUGCUCCACGAAUUGUCUACUGAACCUCCUCUGAUCUCCGAUCCUUCCUUAACGAAUUGUCCAGUACGUAUAUGAUGGACUUGUGAUGCCCACUACUGUUGUUACAGAUACAUAGCUCUUCUGUCUGUUCGAUUAUCUUGCUUACUUGCUUGUUCUGUCUCUGUGCUUGGUUACGAGACCAUUGUCAACAUCAACCCAGCCCUUCCCUAUCUGCUCUGGUUCCCUCGACCGGUUUCUUGCCAUGUUCGAUAUAGACUCUAGACGAGAUUGCCAAUUUACGCACUAUAC